AUGGGCCGAUUUGUCUUUGAUCGUCGAAAGCGUCUGAUUGCUACCAUUGCAAUCUCUUUCACUUUUUUCGUCGCCGAGCUUACUGCGGGCUUCUACACACAUUCUCUGGCGCUUGUCGCUGAUGCUUUUCACUACCUGAGCGACUUGCUGAGUUUUGUUGUUGCCUUGGCAGCACUCCAUGUGUCCGAAGGCUCAACCCCGCCACCAACGGGGUAUACAUUUGGAUGGCACCGAGCUGUACUUCUGGGUGCAUUUUUUAAUGGCAUUCUUCUUCUGGCCCUUGGAAUCAGUAUUCUGGUUCAGGCUAUCGAGCGGUUUGUCCACAUCUCCCCAAUCGACAACCCCCAACUCGUCCUCAUUAUUGGAUGCGUUGGUUUUGCCCUUAAUGUUCUAUCCCUUUUGGUUUUACACGAGCACGACCAUGGCAACAACGAGAGGAACGACCAAGCAUGCAAUGUCUCUGAAGAGGCUAUUGAAUCCGAGGCACCUGCUCGCAGCAGCGCCAGGCAGAGCUCAGAUCUCAACGCAACGCAGACACUCACCAGCCAUAUGGGCCACGAGUUCGAAAUGGCCGACUCUAAGCACAUCCACAGAGACCGAGGCGUGUUCGACGUAUUGCUUGGUAUUCUCGGUCUCAAAAACAGAGAUCUAGGCAUGCUGGGCGCAGUGGCUCACGUUAUCAGCGAUCUAUUCGGCAAUGUCGCUGUCAUCGUUUCGGCAGCGGUGAUUUGGGCAAGAACGGGAGAGAAGAGGUACUAUGUCGACCCAGCCAUCAGCGUCUGCAUUGCCUUUUUGAUCUUCCUCACCGCGAUUCCGUUGAGCAAGAAAACUGGGCGCAUUAUGAUGCAAGCGGCGCCUGAGGGAAUGGAUACCUUGAAAAUAAAGAGAGAUAUCGAAAUGAUACCCGGCAUCGUCGCUAUCCACGAGUUUCACAUCUGGCAGUUGGAUCAGAAGAAGACGCAGGCAUCCAUGCAUGCCGUUUUAGACGAGAGCUUUACGAAUAAUUCUGAGAAAUGGGUUGCAACUUCGAAAACUAUCCGCGAGGUCUUGCACGAAUAUGGCAUUCAUAUGAGCAUACUGCAGCCAGAGUAUACUUCCAUCAGGCAAGUGGACUACACUGCGGGCGAUACGGAGAGCCCCCCUGUGAGGAUCAAGGAAAACCAAAGUUGCGAAAUGCUGUGCCAUGAUCCUUGCCGCGCAGAGAAAUGCUGUCAAUGA